AUGGCUAACGUUGAUCUUUCGGUUCCCCAAACCCAGAAGGUUGCCAUCUUCGACAAAGUAGGAGGCCCCGUGAUUGUUAAGGAGGCUCCAGUGGUCCAACAGAAGGAUCUGAAGCCUGGUCAGGUCCUCGUCAAGAACAUCUACAGCGGUGUUUGCCACACCGAUCUACACGUCAUGCUCGGUGACUGGCCCCUCCCCUCGAAAAUACCAUGCAUAGGUGGUCAUGAGGGUGCAGGGUAUGUUGUCGCCGUGGGCGACAAUACCCCUGAAGGAUUGGUCAAAAUUGGCGAUCCAGUUGGUAUCAAAUGGCUUGCUGAUUCCUGCCUUUCUUGUGAACAAUGCAACAAGGGUUAUGAGUCUACAUGCCUGGAUGCUAAAUGCAGCGGGUUCACAGUCGAUGGCACUUACCAGCAAUACGUGGUUUCGUAUGCGAGGCACGUCACACCCCUUCCCCCUAACCUGGCCCUGGACCUUGCAGCCCCCAUUAUGUGUGCUGGCGUAACUGUGUGGAAAGCCAUCAAGAGCGCCGAACUUACCGCAGGGGAAUUCAUCCUCAUCUCAGGAGCAGGCGGUGGUUUGGGCCAUCUUGCCAUCCAAUACGCGAAAGCGAUCGGCCUCAGGGUCAUUGCUCUUGACACGGGAGCCGAGAAGAAAGCAUUGUGCUUGGAGGUGGGUGCUGAGGCGUUUGUUGACUUCAAGGAGAGCAAGGACCUAAACGAGGACAUUCGGGCCGUUACUGGAGGCUUGGGACCGCACGCGGCCAUUGUUGCUGCAAGUAGUGCCGAGUCUUACGAACAAGCUUUAGACUAUCUGCGGAAUGGUGGUGCACUCGUUGCCGUUGGUCUCCCUCGAGAUGCCACAAUCCGGGCCAACGUCUUCUUUACAGUCCUUCGAUCGCUUCGAAUCAUUGGUUCGUAUGUUGGGAAUCGGGCGGACGCGAUUCAAGCUGCGGAUUUUGCAGCUCGUGGUCUGGUGAAGACGACAUAUACAAUCAAACCUUUGGACCAACUUCCGAAAGUGUACGAAGACUUGUCGAAAGGCGCAAUCACCGGAAGAAUCGUCCUUGACAUGUGGGCGUAG